AUGGCCCCCUCUGCGAUUGAGACCGUCGUUCCCGACGUGUCGACGCUCAAGCUGCACUCGACACUCAACAACGCGCAGGCCGGCGCCCAGCGUGCUGCCCGCGCACUGUUUGCGCCCAAGUACGACGCAGACGUGGAAGCCGGCAAGACGGGCGAGCCGGCUGCCAAGUAUCCCAACUACCUCCCGACGUGGAACCCGGAGCAAAAGUACCCGCCCCUGGAGCCGUUUGAGCACCACGACCACGGCAAGGACGCCGACCCGACGUACCCGGACCUGCUGCCCAAGGACAAGGCGGUGCGGCUGGACCUGACGCCGACGAUUGGCUCCGAGGUGCGCGGCGUGCAGCUGAGCGCGCUGAGCGACGCGGGCAAGGACCAGCUGGCGCGGCUGGUGGCGGAGCGCAAGGUGGUGGCGUUCCGCGACCAGGACUUUGCGGACCUGUCGGUGGCGGACGCGCUCAAGUUCGGCGGCUACUUUGGCCGGCACCACAUCCACCCGACGUCGGGGUCGCCCGCGGGCCACCCGGAGGUGCACCUGGUGCACCGCGGCGCGGGCGACCACUCGAUCGACAGCUUCUACGAGCUGCGCACGUCGUCGAUCGGCUGGCACUCGGACGUGACGUACGAGGCGCAGCCGCCGGGCACGACGUUCCUGUACGUGCUGGACAAGCCGGAGGUGGGCGGCGACACGCUGUUUGUGGACGCGGUGGAGGCGUACAAGCGGCUGUCGCCGGCGUUCCAGGAGCGGCUGCACGGGCUGCGGGCGGUGCACUCGGGCAUCGAGCAGGCCAACUUCUCGCGCAACAAGGGCGGCGUGGUGCGGCGCGAGCCGGUGUACAACACGCACCCGAUUGUGCGGACGCACCCGGUGACGGGCGAGAAGGCGCUGUUUGUGAACCCGGGGUUCGUGCGCGAGGUGGUGGGCCUCAAGAAGGAGGAGAGCGACUGGCUGCUCAAGUUCCUGUACGACCACCUGGCGCACGGGGCCGACUUCCAGGCGCGCGUGCGGUGGGAGGAGGGCACGGUGGUGGUGUGGGACAACCGGAUCACGCAGCACUCGGCGGUGGUGGACUGGAAGUCGGGCGAGCGGCGGCACCUGGCGCGGAUUACGCCGCAGGCCGAGCGGCCGUUUGAGACGCCGUUCAAGGCGGAGUAG